CCCAGCUUCACCAUCUGUAGCUCUUGUGAUGAUGGUGCCAUGCUUGUGCUUGGAUGGGUUGCACAACUCAUGCGAGGAACCGUGAGAGACAGCAAACAGCGUAUUCAUCGAACCGCCACAGGAUCUUCAAACCCGCAAACCACUUUGCAUCACGCAAAAUCCCACAAGACUUCAUAUUACUCCAAACAUCCCCAAGCUCCAUCUCCAGACAUACCAGAGUUUCCACGCCACAUCACCUCGCCACACGGCCUUCUCGGACCUCCGAUUCGUCCGCCCGACGGCCUUUGCCAACUCUCCGUCCAUGACCAAAACGCCGACGCGUACUCAAACGUCUGCCUACACACAUUACCAACGAAACCCCCAUAUUCCAUCACAUUCGCGAAGUUUCCUAUGCAACCAAGCUCAUCGCUGUAUUUGUACUGUGAUUGGAUCUCACGGGUGACACUAACGUUCCAGUAG